AUGGAAGGCCUGUGGUCUACAAGACAGGCGUUUACAGUGCGCAGCCUAGGGCAAAACACCUUCCAGUUCUUAUUUCAAAAUUCAGAGGACAAAGAUAAGAUUCUGAGAGGGAAGACGUGGAAUUUCGACGCGCAAUAUCUAGUUUUGAAACAAUGGGAUCCAAAAAGUACAGAAUUUCUGGCAGAAGAGGAAAAAAUCAAGGUGUGGAUUCAGGUGUUGAACCUUCCCCUACAUUGGAUAUCUGAGGAGACAUGUUACAAAAUUGGCAAACUGUUUGGCAAAGCUCUUGAUGUUGCUGUCCCUGGGACUAGUAGCUCACAUGGCAGGGUGCUGAAACUAUUGGUGGAGCAUAAUCUGAAAGACCCAUUACUUAGAGGUCCCCUAAACAUAACCUCAGUGAGUCCUCGAUCUGAGGAGAAAAUACAUAACAGCACUUCUGUUGAUAAGGGGGAGAGUGGUGUAGGAGGUAAAACCACAAGGUCUACAUUCAACCUUACAGUUACUCCUGGGAGAGGGUCUCCCAUAAGUCUUAAGAGAGUAACUAGUGAGCCUAUUAUAGCUCAGGAGGGUGGUAUGGGGUUGGGAGUAGAAGAAUCCUCAUUGCCUGUUGGUCAAACUGAAACUGUGGUUGUUAAUAAUGAUGUUGUGGUUAUUGAUUCUAAUGGUCUUAUUGAUGUUAAUAUUGCAUCUUCAUUUCAAUAG